GAAUGUGUAUCAUUAGACACCAAACACAAAAGACAACACAAAACAUAUUUGUAACAUUUGAGGUUAGCCCAACUUGUCAUAGAAAACUCAGCACUCCUUCACACGUAUAUAAACAUACAUGUAUGCAACAAACCUUCCACUACCACCAUUUGAUUCAGAGCUACAAAACCUUCCUAUUUUUUUUUUUCUUUUUUUUACUUUUCUCUCUAAAAACAAAUCAAACCCAUUGUUUUAGACGCCACAAAAAUGGAGAUUCAAUUCCAACAGCAGCCAAAAAUGAGCAAGUUCAAGGGGAGGAAUAGAAGCAACAGCAACAAGAAGUUUGUCGGAGUGAGGCAGAGGCCUUCAGGGAGAUGGGUAGCUGAGAUCAAAGACACAACACAGAAGAUAAGAAUGUGGUUAGGAACUUUCGAAACCGCAGAAGAAGCUGCGCGCGCUUAUGAUGAAGCUGCUUGCCUUCUUCGUGGCUCCAACACGCGCACCAAUUUCAUCACACACAUAUCAACAAACUCCCCUCUCGCUUCUCGGAUUCAGAACCUCCUCAACAGCAAAAAAAGUGCAAAACAGCCAAUUAGUCCUCCUAAUACAUGUACCCCCACACCCACAAGUAGUGCCACCAUUGAUAAUAGUCCCAAAACUAGCACUACGAUUAUAACUACUACUACUAGAAGUUGCAGUUCUAGUAGUACUAGUGGUGAGUGUCACUCUAGUGGGAAGGUAGAAGACACACAGUUGUUUGAUGAUGCAUAUAAACCUGAUUUGAGCAACUGCACUGAGGAAUUCAACUCGGGUUCUUCGUGGGGAUUUGAUCAACAGGGGUUUGAUCGGUUUCCGUUCAUGAGUGCUCAAGAAAUAUUUGAGUUGCCAAAGAAUAUUGUUUUGCCUGCUGCUGCUGCAGAAGCAUGUGAUCAGUUGGAGUUCUCAGAGUUUGAAAGGAUGAAAGUUGAAAGACAGAUAUCAGCAUCACUUUACGCCAUGAAUGGAGUGCAAGAGUAUAUGGAAAGUACUCAUGUUGAUCAAGAUUCUAUUGAAGCCUUUUGGGAUCUUCCUCCUUUGUGUUCAUUGUUUAAAUGACUGAAAAUAGCAUCUAUCUUAUCUUCUUUUUUUCUUUUUUUCCUUGGUUUUGAUUUAAUUGAAAAUCUGAGUGAUCAAAUACUUCAGGAUUGACUCCGAGGUUAAAAUAACAAAGAACUUCCAUAUUUCAUAGGUAAAAGAGGAAAUUCUCUUUUUUGUACCCUGUUCUUGAUAUUAUUAACAUGUACAAGUAACAUAAAGAAGUCACUGCAUAUUUUUUGGAAGCUCUCUUCAAUGAUGAUCAAUGUAUGCAAAGCCUAAGCUUUUUUUUUCUUUUUUUUUUUGUUUCUGGUGAAGAAGAAAUUUCUAUUAAUAUUUAUGUGCGUUUGUAGGGAGACAUAUAGUAGUAUUGAGGUUAAUAAUUGAUGGGUUUGCUAGUAUAGACGUCAGCAAUAUAAAGAGAGGGCAUUGAAUAACAAAUUGUAUCUUUAUAUAAAAAGUGGUAUGGCAUACCUACUACA